AUGACUGGUGAGUGGAUCAACAACUGGGCUGAAGGAGAAAAUUGACAACCUACCUACAAACACUCCACCUUUCUGUAGAAGCCACAUCUGGAGCUGUUCUCUUGAAGGCUGCCAAGUAACAGAACAGAAGCACUACUCAAGAUUGAAAACCAUCAUGUGGUCCCUUUAUCCUCAGUACCCAACGAUCCUGUUGUCCCAGGAUCAGAUUCAAACCCAGAGGAUGACACAGUAUGGGACUGAGAGGAGGACCGAUCAGCCUCAGUCAUGCCAUCUGUGGCACAUAUCCUGUUUAACUGUGUGCCUGUUACGUUUGAAACAUUUGAAAAGAUCCAGCUCUCUCCCCUUGACAUCAAUAGCCUGGAGCACAGCCCUCUCCUCAGCAGCUCGCCCUGUCAAGCGUUUCAAACUGUGUUCCAUCUUCACAGUGUUGGUAGCACCAUGCCCUCAGGAGAGUGUUAACAAGGACUUAUCAGAGGAAGUAGAGGACCAAGGCCAAGAGAAAGCUGAGGGGGGAUUUUUCAACUGUGGAAAAACCUGGUUUAAUGAAGUCCCUGUCCCCGACUUUAUCUCACCCCAGCUCUCCAUUCCAUCAGUGAGUUCAGAAAAGCCUGGCCAGACUUAUACUCUUCUCUAUGGAAUUUACCAGUUUGAUUCUCCCCCUCAGGCAAAACUCCCCACUUUCACCUCUGACAACAACAUCCAUCCAGUCUCUGAAACCCAUGACUUCCCAGAGUUUGAAAUGAAUGAAGGAGAGGUUCUACAUGGUCAUGGAAGAGCUCAGCUUGUAUUUCAAGAUCAGUGACGGGCCAGGUGAUAAUUAAUCUGCGCUGUGCAGCGUUAGGGAUCCUGGAGCUGAGGACAACACUGCUUUAAUGAUUUGAGUGUUUCUAUUGUGUUUAUUACUCAUUUACCCCUGGGGAUUAAUAAAGUAUUAUCUCAUCUCAUCUCUCAUCUUCUAGACAAAGCAGUAGUGACCGUCCAAGCAGCCAGGAUGCAGUGGAAGAGGAACCAAGCAGAGGCACAUCACUGGGAGAUGAUGACCAAGGUCUGAAAACAUAUCAAGCAGAACCGGAAAGUACAUGUACCGCUGGGGGCCUUGACUGUGAGCAGGAGGUGUCUCUUGAAUGCAGCCAUCACGGCACAGAGGGAGAGAAGUCCAUGUACUCUUCAGUCAAGCACAAAGGUUGGUGUGAUUUGUAAUUGAGCAAAAGACCUUGGUCCGAUACUUCACUCUUUAGUUAACUGUCUUGCAUAAAGACGUCUCAGAAAACAAGCUAAUUGAUGUAACCCUAACAAGAAGUUAGAAUAGUAGAAUACACAAGGUGCAAUUUCGAAAUUUGGUUGUGCAUCAGCAGUUUUUCUCUUGUUAUGUCAGUCACUCAAUUAUCCGAUGUCAGCUGCAUUUUUAAAAAUUGUUAAGUUAGUCUAGUGGCCUGCUAUCUAAACUUAGUAAUCAUGGUCGAAUUACCGAUCGGGGGGCCCCCAUUGAUUUUGUUAGUCAGCAGUGGUGUGUAUUCAUGGAUGCCAAGGGAAGCCAGGCUUCCCCGAAACAUUUUACAAGAAAAAAAGAAAAAAACAUAUAAAAUAAUUUAUCUUUCAUCUCUCUGCGUUUCAUAAUUUUCCUUCAAUUCACAAGAGGCUGAAUGCAUCUCACCAGAGAAAGCAUCCGAGUGAGGGAAACAGCACCCCUCUGUCUCUGUAUGUGUAGCUCAUCUAUCUGAUGCUGUCUGGUCAAAAAGAGUAUGACAUUGUUGCCGCCUGUAGAAUUGAAUGCAAGGGAAGCCAGUGAGCAUUUGGCCUCCCUUGAUAUUUUUUAAAAUAAAAUAAUAGCCAGCAUUGAGCUAAACUGAGUGAGCUCAAUUGGCGCACCAAAUAAACUGUGUCAAGGGAAGCCAGUUUGGAUUUUGCUUCACACCAAUCACAUCACAUCAAAAGCAAAACUUAAUUUACAUCUCGUUGUGUUGUUGUCCUCCGGUGGCUAGCUAGCUAGUUAAAAUCGUCCCUUUCUUAAAUUAGCCAUGGAUGGAGAUAGGGAGUUGGACUUACUUAUUUCUUAUUUCUCCAUACUGGCCAAUGAUUAUAAAGGCGAUUCUGAUCCAACCAUAAAUUAUUAUAUUGUGCCCCUGGCCUGAGAGGAUGGAAGUUCAAUGUAGCUAGCUAGAUGUAGUAGGCUAAUGGUAACUAGCUGGCCUGGUGCAUCGUUGCCCAUGAAAGGAAGUUAAUCUAGCUAGCAAGCAUUUUAGCCAGGUAGCCUAGGACAACAAAAAAUAUGUGUGUGCUGAAUUACAGUCAUAGACCGUUUCGUCAACAUGAAAGAGAGGAGGAUGUCAUUGGUGUUUCUCUACAAGUAGGGUAAGUCAACAUGUUUUAUUUUACUUGCAUGCAUGCAUGCACGCACACACACACACGCGCACACACACACAUACACACACACACACUCACACACACAAAUCAGUACCAUGGACAGCCACAUCAUAUUUAGCUUAUGUUGAUUGGACUAAAUCAUUUUUGGUAUCUUUUAGUUGUCACUGUAUUAGACUACACAUAGGUGAUUUGGUGAUGUUGAAGUUGAAAUUGUGUUCUUUUUCGACUUGCGGUAACUCUCCAUGGUUCUAAAUCAAUGGUUGUUUUGUAGUCAAACAUUUUUGGAAACAUUAACUUGCUUGACCAUGCUGUAGGUCAUGUAACUGUUUGUUACAUGCAAUAUGCUUUGUGGACUUCACCAGACAGAUGUUGCUCUCCGGUAUUGUGAUGAAACAAAGGUGUGGUGUAAUUUAUUCUACCACUGUGUCUUCUCAUUGUCUCUGCCUUUAAGCCUAUAUAUCACGGUGGCAAGACAUAUGAAUUAACAGGUUAUAGACCAAACAACGCAAUUAUCAGAACAAAAAGGUUGAAAUAUGGCAUUUUUUUCUGGCUUGGCUUCCCCAGUGAUUUUACCCACACACCGCUACUGUUAGUCAGUCUCACUCAGAUAUCUUAUUAAAACCUGCAAACAUUUCUCUGCACCCUAUGGAAAAAUGUGUAGAAUUGCAGGAAAUUAGCUGUAAAACAGCACAUUUUCUUCUUCGACCCAUGGCAAAAUAAGUAGAAUUGCAGCAAAGUUGCUUUAAAGCUGCAAAAUCUAACUUUUAGGGCGACCGGACCAAAUUAAUUUUUUACAUUUACAUUUUAGUCAUUUAGCAGACGCUCUUAUCCAGAGCGACUUACAGUUAGUGAGUGCAUACAUUAUUAUUAUUAUUAUUAUUACUUUUUUUUUUUCAUACUGGCCCCCCGUGGGAAAUGAACCCACAACCCUGGCGUUGCAAACGCCAUGCUCUACCAACUGAGCUACACCCCUCCAUACUAAAUUCACAUAGACAUUUCUAUGCAUCCCGUUCUUAAGUUUAGUUUUUGCGUCUUUUACAUUUGGUUUUGAACACCAGCUUCAAAACACACAUUUGGGUACGCAGACAUUUGGGUACGCACAUUUGGGUAUGCACAUUUGGGUACGCAGACCCACAAGCAACUGCGGCCCCUCGUGAUAAGUUCAGAUUUUUUUUGGUGAUUUUUUUUCCCUGGUCUAUUUUAUCAUAACAUGAACGCCUUAACAUGAUGGUAGUGUUAUUGGAUUGUCAAUGUUUGUGUCUACCCCAGGGAGCAGGGAGCAGACAAGAGAUGCAAUAUGUGGUCUCCUGCCUUCAUGUUCCUCCCAUACCUGGACCAGUUAAACCAAAGUAGAUAACACACACACACACUAUAGAAAUGAGUGUUAAUAGCAAGCCACUCUCAGGGGAGUCUUGUUUUUACCCGGUUUUUGUUGAAGUAAGGAGUUUCAGUAAUUGUUACUGAGGCUUUUUACUCCUCUUGUGAUAUGAUGUUUUUAUGGUAUAAUGAUGUCAUGCCAUAGUAGUGUGAGGACAGAGGAAGAGUUAAGAGAUGAGUGGUUUGGGGCCAUGAAGUCUACAUUCCAUUAUGUCAAGGUAGAUUAGUGAUGUUUAGGAUAGCAUGAGUGAUGUUUAGGAUAGUGACUUGGGGUAAAGAGUGAUGAACAUCAAAGACAGGGAGUGCCCAUGGAGACUUGCCAGAUGUAUGCCAGGAAGAUGGUAAUAAAGGCUAUAUAAGAUAGAGUGUCUUCUUUGUUAAGUUAGUUCAACUGACGAAGGGCAAAGCCAUGUCCGUUUGUUAGAUGAACCCACGAGCUCGUGAUUCAAUAAAUACUUGUUAUGAAAUCUCCACAGAAUGUCUAAGUAUAUCCUUGCAUCCUUGAUUCUUUGAUACCCGAGAAACUCAUCAUAACAUCUUGGAACAUCAACUCAAAUCAAAUUGUAUUUGCCACAUGCGCCGAAUACAACAGGUGUAGACAUUACAGUGAAAUGCUUACUUACAAGCCCUUAACCAACAAUGUAGUUUUUUAAGUAAAAAAUAGAUAAGUAAAAAAUAAAAGCAAAUAACUGAAGAGCAGCAGUAAAAUAAAAUAAAAGUAGGGAGGGGUACCGGUACAGAGUCAAUGUGCGGGUGCACCGUCUAGUCGAGGUAAUUGAGGUAACAUGUACAUGUGGGUAGAGUUAAAGUGACUAUGCAUAGAUAAUAAACAGAGUAGCAGCAGCGUAAAAGAGGGGGAUGGGGUGGGGUGGGGGGGAGUGCAAAUAGUCCGGGUAGCCAUGAUUAGCUGUUCAGGAGUCUUAUGGCUUGGGGGUAGAAGCUGUUAAGAAGCCUUUUGGACCUAGACUUGGCGCUCCUGUACCGCUUGCCGUGCGAUAGCAGAGCGUACAGUCUAUGACUAGGGUGGCUGGAGUCUUUGACAAUUUUUAGGGCCUUCCUCCGGGCCGUACACACUACCCUCUGUAGUGCCUUGCGGUUGGAGGCCGAGCAGUUGACAUACCAGGCGGUGAUGCAACCAGUCAGGAUGCUGUCGAUGGUGCAGCUGUAGAACUUUUUGAGGAUCUGAGGACCCAUACCAAAUCUUUUCAGUCUCCUGAGGGGGAAUAGGCUUUGUUGUGCCCUCUUCACGACUGUCUUGGUGUGUUUGGACCAUGACAGUUUGUUGGUGAUGUGGACACCAAGAAACUUGAAGCUCUCAACCUGUUCCACUACAGCCCCAUCGAUGAGAAUGGGGGCAUGCUCAGUCCUCUUUUUUUUUUCUCCUGUAGUCCACAAUCAUCUCCUUUGUCUUGAUCACGUUGAGGGAGAGGUUGUUAUCCUGGCACCACAUGGCCAGGUCUCUGACAUUUACAUUUACAUUUUAGUAAUUUAGCAGACGCUCUUAUCCAGAGCGACUUACAGUUAGUGAGUGCAUACAUUUUCAUACUGGCCCCCCGUGGGAAACGAACCCCUGACCUCCUCCCUAUAGGCUGUCUCAUCGUUGUCGGUGAUCAGGCCUACCACUGUUGUGUCGUCUGCAAACAUAAUGAUGGUGUUGGAGUCGUGCCUGGCCAUGCAGUCAUGGGUGCACAGUGAGUACAGGAGGGGACUGAGCACGCACCCCCGAGGGGCCCCCGUGUUGAGGAUCAGCAUGGCAUCAGGCUAUCAGGCUAUCAACAGCAGCAGCUCUCUAACAUAUCUGGCCCAGUAAUUGGAGUUAGGCCUAGAUAUUGUACACAUAAGUACAGUACUGUAUACGAUUUGUAUUCUUGUCUUGCCUUCAGGACAGCCUGAGCAGCAGCAGCCCAAGAGGUUAGAGCCUCUAAAAAUGGACAGACAUCCCAUCAUUUGUAUUUUUAUUUAUUAGGGAUCCCCAUUAGCUGCCAAGGCAGCAGCUACUCUUCCUGGGGUCUGAACAUAUUAAACCACUUACAUUACAUAUAAAACGAAAUAUAAAACAGUACAUUAUAUGACAUUAUUACACCACUACCUAUCUACAAUACAAAAUGUUUAAUACCACAAUACAACAAUAUCACAACGUGUGCAUAUGCAUGUGUCUAUACCCUUGUGUGUGUCUCUUCACAGUCCCCGUUGUUCCAUAAGGUGUAUUUUUACCUGUUUUUUAAAUCUAAUUCUACUGCUUGCAUCAGUUACCUGAUGUGGAAUAGAGUUCCAUGUAGUCAUGGCUCUAUGUAGUACUGUGCGCCUCCCAUAGUCUGUUCUGUACUUGGGGACUGUGAAGAGACCUCUGGUGGCAUGUUUUGUGGGGUAUGCAUGGGAGUCCGAGCUGUGUGCCAGAAUUCCAAACAGACAGCUCAGUACAUUCAGCUUGUCAACACCUCUUACAAAAACAAGCAGUGACGAAGUCAAUCUCUCUUCCACUCUGAGCCAGGAAAGACUGACAUGCACAUCAUUAAUGUUAGCUCUCCGUGUACUUUUAAGGGCCAGCCAUGCUGCCCUGUUCUGAGCCAACUGCAAUUUUCCCAAAUCCCUCUUUGUGGCACCUGACCACUCUCAUGAACUGUAGUCUAGGUGCGACAAAACUAGGGCCUGUAGGACUUGCCUUGUUGCUAGAGUUGUUAAGAAGGCAGAGCAGCGCUUAAUUAUGGACAUACUUCUCCCCAUCUUAGCUACUGUUGUAUCAAUAUGCUUUGACCAUGACAGUCUACAAUCCAGGGUUACUCCAAGCAGUUUAGUCACCUCAACUUGCUCAAUUUCAACAUUAUUCAUUACGAGAUGUAGUUGAAGUUUAGGGUUUAGUGAAUAAUUUGACCCAAAUACAAUGCUUUUAGUUUUGGAAAUAUUCAGGACUAACAUAUUCAUUGCCACCCAUUCCGAAACUAACUGCAACUCUUUGUUAAGUGUUGCAGUUAUUUCAGUUGCUGUAGUAUCUGACGUGUACAGUGUUGAGUCAUCCGCAUACAUAGACACACUGGCUUUACUCAAAGCCAGUGGCAUGUCGUUAGUAAAGAUGAAAAUAAGAAGGGGCCUAGACAGCUGCCCUGGGAAAUUCCUGAUUCUACCUGGAUUAUGUUUGAGAGGCUUCCAUUAAAGAACACCCUCUGUGUUCUGUUAGACAAGUAACUCUUUAUCCACAUUAUAGCAGGGGGUGUAAAGCCAUAACACAUACAUUUUUCCAGCAGCAGACCAUGAUUGAUAAUGUCAAAAUACGCACUGAAGUCUAAUGAAACAGCCCCCACAAUAUUUUUAUCCUCAAUUUCUCUCAGCCAAUCAUCAGUCAUUUGUGUAAGUGCUGUGCUUGUUGAAUGUCCUUCUCUAUAAGCAUGCUGAAAGUUUGUUGUCAAUUUGUUUACUGUAAAAUAGCAUUAUAUUUGGUCAAACGCAAUUUUUUCCAAUAGUUUACUAAGGGUUGGUAACAGGCUAAUUGAUCGGCUAUUUGAGCCAGUAAAGGGGGCUAUACUAGACGUUUGGUUCCCUCCAAACCUGGGGGCACACACAUUCUAGUAGGCUUAAAUUGAAAAUAUGGCAAAAAGGAGUGGCAAUAUCGUCCGCUAUUAUCCUCAGCAAUUUUCCAUCCAAGUUGUCAGACCCCGGUGGCUUGUCAUUGUUAAUAGACAACAAUAAUUGUUUCACCUCUUCCACACUCACUUUACGGAAUUCAAAAUUACAAUACUUGUCUUUCAUAAUUUGGUCAGUUAUACUUGGAUGUGUAGUGUCAGCCAUUGUUGUUGGCAUGUCAUGCCUAAAUUUGCUAAUCUUGCCAAUGAAAAAAGUAUUAUAGUAGUUGGCAAUAUCAGUUGGUUUUGUGAUGAAUGAGCCAUCUGAUUCAAUGAAUGAUGGAGCUGAGUUUUUUCCCAAAAUUUCAUUUAAGGUGCGCCAAAGCUUUUUACUAACAUUCUUUAUAUAAUUUAUCCUUGUUUCAUAGUGUAGUUUCUUCUUCUUUUUAUUCAGUUUAGUCACAUGAUUUCUCAAUUUGCAAUACGUUUGCCAAUCGGUUGUGCAGCCAGACUUAUUUGCCAUUCCUUUUGCCUCAUCCCUCUCAGACAUACAAUUUUUCAAUUCCUCAUCAAUCCACGGGGAUUUAACAGUUUUUACAAUCAUUUUCUUAAUGGGUGCAUGCUUUUUAGUAACUGGAAUAAGCAAUUUCAUAAAUGUGUCAAGUGCAGUGUCUGUUUGCUCCUCAUUACACACCACGGACCAACAUAUAUUAUUUACAUCAACAACAUAGGAAUCACUACAAAACUUUUGUAUGACUUCUUAUACACAAUAUUGAGAAUCUGUGGUAUGACUUAAACAUUGCUGUACACCAGCGGAACCCAUCCAACUUGAAGGAGCUGGAGCAGUUUUGCCUUGAAGAAUGGUCAAAGAUCCCAGUGGCUGGAUGUGCCAAGCUUAUAGAGACAUACCCCAAGAGACUUGCAGCUGUAAUUGCUGCAAAAGGUGGCUCUACAAAGUAUUGAGUUUGGGGGGGUGAAUAGUUAUGCACGCUCAAGUUUUCUGUUUUUUUUGUCUUAUUUCUUGUUUGUUUCACACAAAAUAAUAUUUUGCAUCUUCAAAGUGGUAGGCAUGUUGUGUAAAUCAAAUGAUACAAACCCCCCAAAAAUCAAUUUUAAUUCCAGGUUGUAAGCUAACAAAAUAGGAAAAAUGCCAAGGGUGGUGAAGAAUUUUGCAAGCCACUGUAUUCUUUACAUCAACAACAUAGGAAUCACUACAAAACUUAUUGUAUGACCUCUUAUACACAAUAUUAGUCCCAGCCUUUGGAACUUUGGUUUUCCUAGAUAUGGCUACUAUAUUGUGAUCACUACAUCCAAUGGAUUUGGAUACUGCUUUCAAACAAAUCUCUGCAGCAUUAGUAAAGAUAUGAUCAAUACGUGUUGAUGAUUUAAUUCCUGUACUGUUUGUAACCACCCGGGUAGGUUGACUGAUAACCUGAACCAGGUUGCAGGCACUGGUUACAGUUUGAAGCUUUCUCUUGAGUGGGCAGCCUGAUGAAAGUCAGUCAAUAUUUAAAUCACCCAGAAAGUAUACCUCUCUAUUGAUAUCACAUACAUUAUCAAGCAUUUCACACAUGUUAUCCAGAUACUGACUGUUAGCACUUGGUGGUCUAUAGCAGCUUCCCACCAGAAUGGGCUUUAGGUGAGGCAGAUGAACCUGUAGCCAUAUUACUUCAACAGUAUUUAACAUGAGAUCCUCUCUAAUCUUCACAGGAAUGUGGUUCUGAAUAUUAACAGCAACACCGCCACCAUUGGCAUUUCUAUAUUUUCUGUAAAUGUUAUAACCUUGUAUUGCUACCACUGUAUCAUCAAAGGUAUUAUCUAAGUGAGUUUCAGAGAUAGUCAGAAUAUAAAUGUCAUCUGUUACUAGCAAAUUAUUGAUUUGAUGAACCUUGUCUCUUAAGCUACAUAUGUUAAUGUGGGCUAUUUUGAGCACUUUUCUUCUGGGAUGCUUACUUGUUUUUAUUGCUUUACUGGGAAGCUUAGCAGCAGUAGAUGUGCUCAUGUUCUUUAUGUUAGUUCAGGGUGAGCUGCACACCGGCUCAGUGCUAACAGUAUAAAUCUGGUUCUUAGGCACAUGAUUACUGCACAUGUCACGACUUCCGCCGAGGCUGCCUCCCCUCCUUGUUCGGGCAGGUUUCGGCGUUCGUCGUCACCGGCUUACUAGCUACUGUCGAUCCCAUUCUCAUCACUCCACUUGUCAUGUCUUGUCUUGUCAAUCACACACACCUGGUGCUCAUUCCCCUAAUUAGAAUGUGUAUAAGUGUUCCCUCUGUUCCCCUUGUCUUUGUGAGUGAUUGUUUCAUUGUGAGAGCGAGUAGCUCGGUUGAGCUACUCUUCCAUUUGUUAUUGCCAAGGUGGAAUAUUUCCCUUGUGAUAGUUUCGUUUUGACACUGGGUGCGUUUUAUUUAUGUGAACGGAAUAAACUCUGGACUUCGGUGUUUUACCUCCUGCGCCUGAGUCCUUCAUUCACACCUCGUCACAGCACACAAUAGCUGUAGAUUCAGCAGAGGCAUUCAGGGCAGUUAGAGGGACAUAAAUUAGGUUACUUUUAUUGUGUCUACCGACGACCCUGAUGUAAUGUACAUUUGCUGAAGCAUUUUGACAACUCUGCGUCACAAUGGUAGGGAUUAGCUGACCCCGGCUUGGGUGAUGAGGCUGGCAAUGAAAGAUGUCUGUGGGGAAAUGUAAUGGUGGUAACAAUAAUAGUCAAGUACUCCUCAGGGGCAGGCAGUAGUUCCUUCCAGGCGCCACCGCCUGCCUGCCGCUCCUAA